AUGGCUCUUGACAGUGUGUGGGCUCCACAGACAGUAAACAUCGGGGAUGGUCCUGCCAAGAAAGUGGGUGAGCAGGCCUCCUUGCAGACACAGGUCCUCCAGACUGCCUCCUUAAAGGAGGGCCCAGCCAAGCGGGCAGUAUGGGUCCGCCGCAACAGUGGGAGCUCAGAAGAAGCUGUGAAAUCCACACUGUCCAAUGAGAAGCCCAAGCAAGAGGCGACCAAAGCAGUGGUUGUGGACCUUGGCACUGGCUACUGUAAAUGUGGCUUUGCUGGCCUGCCCAAGCCCACCCACAGGAUCUCAACAAUGGUGGGUAAGCCCUACAUGGAGACCUCCAAGACUGGGGAUAAUCGCAAGGAGACAUUCGUGGGACAGGAACUCCUCAGUCCACAGGUUCGUCUCAGGCUCAUCAACCCCCUGCGACAUGGCAUCAUUGUGGACUGGGAUACAGUGCAGGAUAUCUGGGAGUAUCUCUUCAAACAAGAGAUGAAGAUCGCCUCAGAGGAGCACGCAGUCUUGGUUUCAGACCCGCCCUUAAGCCCCCACACCAACCGAGAGAAGUAUGCCGAGAUGCUGUUCGAAACCUUCAACACACCUGCAAUGCACAUCGCCUACCAGUCCCGCCUGUCCAUGUACUCCUAUGGGAGGACCUCUGGCCUGGUGGUAGAGGUCGGCCAUGGCGUGUCCUAUGUGGUCCCUAUCUAUGAGGGUUACCCUUUGCCCAGCAUCACUGGAAGGCUAGACUAUGCAGGCUCUGACUUGACGGCCUACCUGAUGAGCCUGAUGAAUGAUUCAGGGAAACGCUUCACUGAGGACCAGAUGAGCAUCGUGGAGGACAUCAAGACGAAAUGCUGCUUUGUGGCCCUGGACCCCAUCGAAGAGAAGAAGGUCCCACCUACUCAGCACGAGAUCCAGUAUACUCUGCCUGAUGGGAAAGAGAUCCACCUGGGCCAGGAGAGAUUCCUCUGCUCAGAGAUGUUCUUCAAGCCAUCUCUGAUCAAGUCCAUGCAGCUAGGACUUCACACCCAGACAGUGUCCUGCCUUAACAAGUGUGACAUCGCCCUCAAGCGGGUGAUGGGGAACAUCCUGCUCUGCGGGGGCAGCACUAUGCUCAGCGGGUUCCCUAACCGUCUGCAGAAGGAGCUGAGCAGCAUGUGCCCCAAUGACAACCCACAGGUAAAUGUGUUGCCUGAGAGAGACACUGCAGUGUGGACUGGUGGCUCUAUCUUGGCCUCGCUUCAGGGUUUCCAACCACUGUGGGUCCACCGCUUCGAGUAUGAGGAACAUGGGCCUUUCUUCCUCUACAGAAGGUGCUUCUGAACUCUGAGGCAGGGCAGCUGUGGUGGCAGUCUCUCAGCUUUGCUGGGUGAGCCCAUCCUACCCACAGUGAGCUGAACUAGCACGUUUGUUUCUGUAGCAUUAAACACACCUCAUCUCCCCUCC